AUGCCCGCCCCCGAAGGCUCACCGUCCGACCACGCCCUCGCGGACACGCUCUCUGCGCGAUCCUAUCUUGAACUUGCUCGCCAGCGAAUUUCAUCUCCUCCUCGACAAUCCCUGUCCAAACAGCGGUCCACGUUCUCGGGGAGCCCGAUUGGCAUUGGCGACAACUCAUUUCCGCACUUGCGAUCCUGCGACCGCCAACCCUGUCCGAAGCAUUCGGAGAAGACCGAGUCGGAGUCCGGGGCAAAGAAUCCGCUGCCGGUGGACCGUCCACCGCGAAAAAGGGGCCGGCCCAGACUCGACACCGCAAAGGAUGCCGCUGCGCUCGAGGAGCGGCGUGUGCAAAUCCGACGGGCGCAGCGCACCUAUCGCCAGAAGAAAGAGGCUACAAUCCAGACUCUGAGGACGCGAGUUGAGGUUCUCGAACACACGUUGCAGACGGUAUCUGAUCUGCUCGGUGCCACAGACACAGACGCAGAUGGCCGUGCUGACCGCGGAAACCUGAUCCGCGCACGACAGCUUGUCCUCGAAGAGAUACAACGAGGGCGGCCGUUUCCAGGAGACCAGACCGACCAGACCGGGCGCGACCUCGACAGUGUUCGCGACAUUUUCGGCUAUCAUGUCGCACAUGGCCGAAGAGAACAUGCUGAUAACCCAUCUUCGCGCCAGCACGCCCAAGAACGACCACCACGAUACCCACGCCCCAGAUCGCCCUCCCCCCUCCUCAGCCGCCUCUUUCCAUCCAACACCAUCUAUACCUACAGCUACCAGGAGUCGGACCUUUCGCGCCGCCUGCAGCGAUUCUGCCUCGAGCACAUCUACCGCUGGCAAUCAGAGCCGCAUUCUGACCCGGCUCUGAUGAGCCGCGUGUUCGGCCUGUUGCCCUGCAUCCAGGACAUGCCCGGCGUGCGGCGCAGCAUGAGGCAUAUGCUGCAAGGCGAGAUCGGCGGACCCCUGGAGGUGCCCAAGCUGGCGUUCUACACCCUCGGCGGCGCGGGCACGCACUACCCCCGCACCGGGCACGACGGCCAACCCGCCUACCCGGAGAACAUGCGGCGGCCAGGCAAGAUCAUCCGGCGGCUGGCGCGGAUCUUGCGCCGUGGGGGCAUCCAGGACUGGGAUGAGGAUUGGAGCGGGGACCGGGAGCCGGAUGACGGGGAUGCACAGGCGCAGCAGCUGAAGGCGAUGAGCGAGGAUGCGCGGCUACGCCUGUUGGAUUUAGAGGGCGAAUGGUUCGACUGCCAUGAUGUCCAGGGCUACCUUCAGAACCUUGACGUAGUGCUGGACGGCUCAUCGUUGCAGCUGGAAGUGCCGGCGUCGACGGUGAAGGCUUUGUAUGGCCUCUCACCGGACCACGCUGCCUCACAAUUCUAUGUCUCACCUGGAGAACUGUCUUCCAGCGAGAACAAGCUUGUUCCAACGUCUACCGACCUUGCUGAUUUCCACGUUUUCGCCCCAUCUCUAGUACUCCUCGCCGACGUCCGGAUUCUGGGUCGCGCCCCUGGGUUCCGGCUCUGGGAUGUCGAAGCUGCACUGCGGACUGCCAUCCAGCGGCGAUCAUUCGACUGA